AUGGAGGCAAAUGCCGGAAUGGUAGCUGGGUCAUACAAGAGGAACGAGUUGGUUCGGAUCCGCCACGAUUCAGAUAGUGGGUCCAAGCCCCUCAAGCAAUUGAAUGGUCAAAUAUGCCAGAUAUGUGGAGAUACUGUUGGCCUUACUUCCAAUGGUGAUGUUUUUGUUGCUUGCCAUGAGUGUGCCUUCCCAGUUUGGAGUCCUCGAGUUGAGGGAGAUGAAGAAGAGGAUGGUGUUGAUGACCUGGAAAAUGAAUUUAAUUAUGCCCAAGGAAACAGCAAAGUGAGGCACCGGUGGCAUAGCGAAGAUGUCGAGCUCUCUUCAUCUUCUCGUCAUGAAUCUCAACCGAUUCCCCUUCUGACUCAUGGGCAGCAGGUAUCUGGUGAAAUUCCUAGUGGGACACCUGACACCCAGUCUGUACGAACUACAUCUGGUCCCUUGGGCCCUGGUGACAGGUCACUUCCAUAUAUUGAUCCUAGGCAACCAGUUCCAGUGCGAACUGUGGACCCUUCAAAGGAUUUGCAUUCUUAUGGCCUUGGAAAUGUUGACUGGAAGGAAAGAGUUGAAGGUUGGAAACUCAAACAAGAAAAAAAUAUGACACAUAUGGGCAACAGCAGAUAUACUGAAGGGAAGGGGGUUGAUAUUGAGGGCACGGGGUCAAAUGGAGAAGAACUGCAAAUGGUUGAUGAUGCCCGGCAACCUUUGAGCCGUGUUGUGCCUAUAUCUUCUUCUCACCUUACCCCUUAUCGUGUGGUUAUCAUACUUCGGCUAAUUAUCUUGGGCUUCUUCUUGCAAUACCGUUGCACUCAUCCAGUGAAGGAUGCUUAUCCAUUAUGGCUGACUUCGGUCAUCUGUGAGGUUUGGUUUGCAUUGUCCUGGCUUCUGGAUCAGUUUCCUAAAUGGUCACCCAUCAAUCGUGAGACCUUCUUGGAAAGGCUUGCUUUGAGAUAUGAUAGGGAAGGGGAGCCUUCACAGUUAGUGCCUAUUGAUGUGUUUGUCAGUACAGUGGACCCACUGAAAGAGCCUCCUCUUGUCACAGCUAAUACUGUGUUGUCCAUCCUUGCCGUGGAUUACCCUGUUGACAAAGUGUCUUGUUAUGUUUCGGAUGAUGGAUCAGCAAUGUUAACCUUUGAAGCUCUCUCAGAGACAGCAGAGUUUGCUAGGAAAUGGGUGCCCUUCUGCAAGAAGCACAGUAUUGAGCCCAGGGCCCCUGAAUUCUAUUUUGCUCAGAAAAUAGAUUACUUAAAGGACAAGAUACAGCCUUCUUUUGUGAAAGAGCGAAGGGCAAUGAAGAGAGAAUAUGAAGAAUUCAAGGUAAGAAUCAAUGCACUUGUUGCCAAAGCCCAAAAGAUGCCUGAAGAAGGUUGGACAAUGCAAGAUGGAACUCCUUGGCCUGGAAAUAACCCCAGAGAUCAUCCAGGAAUGAUCCAGGUGUUCUUAGGCCACAGUGGAGGCCUUGAUACAGAAGGGAAUGAGCUGCCACGGCUGGUAUAUGUUUCACGUGAGAAGCGUCCUGGUUUUCAACAUCACAAGAAAGCUGGGGCAAUGAAUGCUUUGAUACGAGUAUCAGCUGUCUUGACCAAUGGUGCAUAUCUCUUGAACGUGGAUUGUGAUCACUACUUUAACAAUAGCAAAUGUCUUAAAGAAGCCAUGUGUUUUCUGAUGGAUCCUCUUCUUGGGAAGAAAACCUGCUACGUGCAGUUCCCUCAGCGGUUUGAUGGCAUUGACUUGCAUGAUCGAUAUGCUAAUCGUAAUAUUGUCUUUUUUGAUAUCAACUUAAAAGGGCUGGAUGGAAUUCAGGGCCCAGUUUAUGUGGGAACUGGUUGUUGUUUCAACAGACAAGCUCUCUAUGGGUAUGAUCCAGUUUUGACAGAGGAAGAUUUGGAACCAAACAUAAUUGUCAAGGGUUGUUGUGGUUCGAGGAAGAAGGGUAAAAGCAGAGACAACAAAUACUUAGAUAAAAAGGGAGCUAUGAAGAGAACGGAAUCCACUGUUCCCAUUUUCAAUACGGAAGACAUUGAAGAAGGUGUUGAAGGAUAUGAUGACGAGAAGUCACUUCUCAUGUCUCAGAAGAGUUUAGAAAAGCGAUUUGGUCAAUCUCCCGUAUUUAUUGCUGCGACCUUUAUGGAGCAGGGUGGCAUUCCUCCGUCAACCAAUCCAGCAACUCUUUUAAAAGAAGCCAUUCAUGUUAUUAGCUGUGGGUACGAGGAUAAGACUGAAUGGGGCAAAGAGAUUGGAUGGAUCUAUGGCUCUGUGACUGAAGAUAUUCUGACUGGUUUUAAAAUGCACGCACGAGGGUGGAUUUCAAUCUAUUGCAUGCCUCCCCGACCUGCAUUUAAGGGGUCUGCUCCCAUUAAUCUUUCUGAUCGUUUAAACCAGGUGCUUCGUUGGGCUCUGGGAUCUAUUGAGAUUCUUCUGAGUAGGCAUUGCCCCAUAUGGUACGGCUACAAUGGGAGACUCAAACUUUUGGAAAGGCUGGCAUACAUUAAUACCAUUGUUUAUCCUCUCACUUCCAUCCCUCUGCUUGCUUACUGUGUACUUCCUGCCAUUUGUCUUCUCACUGGAAAAUUCAUCAUUCCCGAGAUAAGCAAUUAUGCUAGUAUGUGGUUCAUUCUUCUCUUCGUGUCCAUUUUUGCCACCGGAAUUUUGGAGCUUCGCUGGAGCGGCGUGAGCAUUGAGGACUGGUGGAGAAACGAGCAGUUCUGGGUCAUUGGGGGUACAUCGGCCCAUCUCUUUGCUGUCUUCCAAGGUCUUCUCAAGGUUCUGGCUGGAAUCGACACCAACUUCACUGUUACCUCCAAAGCAUCAGAUGAUGACGGUGAAUUCGCCGAGCUGUACGUGUUCAAAUGGACUUCUCUGCUUAUCCCUCCGACCACCGUCCUUGUUGUGAACUUGGUAGGCAUAGUGGCCGGCGUUUCCUACGCCAUAAACAGCGGCUACCAAUCGUGGGGACCUCUGUUUGGGAAACUCUUCUUCUCCCUUUGGGUCAUUGUUCACUUGUAUCCCUUCCUCAAGGGUUUGUUGGGUCGGCAAAAUCGUACACCGACAAUUGUCAUCGUCUGGUCUAUCCUUCUCGCCUCCAUAUUCUCCUUGCUCUGGGUGCGGAUCGAUCCCUUCACAUCCGAUGCCACGAAGACUGCUUCAAAGGGUCAAUGCGGGAUUAAUUGUUAA